AGUUUAGUGUUUAUAAAGUGUGUAAAUAAAUAUAAAUUUAAUUAUUUUUUUAUAUAGGGACUGAGAAUAUAAUUCUAAUAUAGAGAUAUCUUUAUUUUAAGAUAAACUUUUAAUUCAUAAAUUUUAAAGUAAAAACAAAUAUUAAAAAAAUAUAACCUAAAACUAUUUUAAUAAUUUGAAUAUUUCGAAUAAUUUCAAAGAAUAUAAUUGAAAUAAAAGUCAAAUUUAUAUUCUUAUAAAAAUGCCUCUAUUUUCAUCUAAAUUUUCACCUAAAAAAACUCCAUCAAGAAAGGCUCCCAUAUCAUUAUCAAAUACAGAUCUCAGUCCCCAGAGGUUGGAAAAAGAAUUAGGACCUGAGGUUGGGCCCAUUAGAAUUUGCUUGGGAGAAAUGCAGGCAGUUUUUGAAAAUGGAGUAUGGAUUCCUGAAUCGGGAGAGAUCGGAGGUACUUUUAAGGAAAAUGAAACGUUAAAAAAAGAAAUACAACAAUUAGAAGAAGAAAAUAAUUUGCUGAAACUAAAAUUUGAAAUUGUAUUAGACAUGUUAACGGAAGCAACAGCAGAAAGUAAUUUAGAUAAAGAAGAACUUGAAAAACUAAAGAGUCAAUUAUCCACUAAACGUUCUAGUGCUUAAAUUAUUAAAUUUUAAUAAAGAAAAAAUAUCGAAACUCUUUUAAAAAAUUAAU